AUGUUUUCAGAUUCGUUUAAUCAGACCACAGUGACAUUUUUCUUUAUUAAAGGGAUCACCGACAUACCAGAGCUCCAGACUGUCUUUUUCAUUUUGGUUCUACUUAUUUAUCUUGUCACUAUUGGAGGUAAUGUGACCAUUCUUUUGCUUAUCUGCUUGGAUCAUCACCUCCACACUCCCAUGUACUUCUUCCUGGCUAACCUGUCCAUUGUGGACUUGUCUUCUUCCACCAUCACUUUACAUAAGGUCCUUCUUAUGUACAUAACUGGUGAUCACACGGUUUCAUACCUGGCAUGUAUUACUCAGAUGUAUAUUUUUGCAUCUACAUUGGGUCAUGAACUGUUAAUUUUGGCAGCAAUGAGUUAUGAUUGCUAUUUAGCCAUCUGUAACCCUUUGCGUUAUCAUGUUAUUAUGAACUGUAGACUUUGCACUUUGCUUGUUGCUGUAUGCUAUUUGAUGGGUUUUGUACAAGUUCUAGCCACCAAUCAUCACCUUCUCAACUUUCACUUGUUCAUUACGAAAGAACUCAACCACUUCUUUUGUGACAUGGUACCAUUAAUGAAAAUUACUUGCAAUGACACCUCAUUUUUGGAAAUGAUGAUACUUAUACAAGGUCUUUUUUUUGUAACAUUAAUUCCUUUUAUUCUCACCUUCAUCUCCUAUAUUUUCAUCAUUUCUGCUAUACUGAAGAUCCAUUCCAGCACUGGCAAAUGA